AUGUGCUUCAAGGAAGACCUGCAAACCUCGUCCGCCGAGCUAGUCUACGGAGAAACGCUCAGAUUACCCAGGGAAUUUUUUGAACCGACGACUGACACGACUUCUGACUUGACACACUUCUCAGCUAGACUUAGAAACGUGGUUCAAGAUCUGCAGCCGGUAGCGGGCAUCCCGGCACGGCCCGAAGAAGAUAUUCGUUUUCAAGGACUUGCCCACAGCCAGCCACGUUUUUCUAAGAGAAGACGCUCUGCGUGGUGCACUAUACAGCCCUCCGACACAGGACCGCAUGCAGUCUUAAAGAGAGCUAACAAGUUCUUCACUAUCCUGGUGAAAGGAAAGCCACUGACAGUAUCUAUAGACCGUCUGAAACCGGCCUAUCUACUGGAGGACACCACCACAACCACCAAUAAAGACAGCAGAAGGUCCAAAAGUCCAGAAGCCGUCAAGAAUAUUGCUGACAGAAAGUCAAAGGAUAAAGUAACAGAGCAAGCAGAACCCGCCAAAGAGAAUACAACUAGAUCGGGACGCCACGUUCGCUUCCCCGACCAUUACCGGCAUUGA